AGCUAGAGCAACACAGCCAGUCUCUCAGGAACUCCUUGUCAGAGCACAAGGUGGGCUGAGAGAGAGGCACCAAGAGGACUGAGAGGAUGGGAAACUCUCUGCUGAGGCAAAACAGGUGGCAGCAGAACACUCAAGAGACACCCUGGAAUCUGAGAAAUCAAAACCACAAACAGAGAACAUCCAGAUGCUGGGACUGCCACAUCGCUGAAGAGUGUUUCUGCCUUCCCUGGAAAAAAAUACACAAUUUUAAAGCAGAGCAAGAUUCCCAGAAGGAAAAUAAAGGAACAACAUCCACUCCCAUCCAGCAGGACAAUGCUGACCAGAACUCCUUGGAGGAUCUGUGCUACACCCUCAUCGAUCACAGCGUCCCCAGGAGAAGGCCAUCAGGGAACUCUGCUGAGGGGUGGUAUGAGAACAUAUCCCCAGAGACCGAGAGACCUAGAGAGUCGUUGAGAGGAACCGAGACUGAGUACUCACUGGUCCAUGUGCCCUCCACGCCUAGGCAUGCACCUUCCCCAGAAGAUGAAUAUGAACUCCUCGUGCCCAGAGUCUCCUCUCACUCCCUGCAACAGUCAUGUCCACUUAGGCCCCCUUCUGAGACGCCAUCUGCCCACUUAUAUUGAAGCGGUUGGACCAGCAUUUGUUUAACACCAGCAAAUAAAAGCUGGGGGUGGGGGCUCUGGUUAAAGCAGGCAUGGGGCACAAGGCCUUUCUGGCUUACCUCCCCCUCACCUAACAAC